AUGGGGGAGCAGAGGAACCGAUGGAACUGGGAGGUGAGCGGGUUUGAGCCAAGGAAGCCGUCUUCUUCGUCUUUUGAGCAGGAUGAUCAGCUCAAGCCAGGCGCUCCUUUGAUUCGGAGGUAUUCAAUUUCCUCGUCUUCAGCUUCUCCACGUUUGGAGCUCUCGAAACACUCACUCGUCACCAAGGUUCAGAGAUUAAACGACAAAGUUAAGCUAGCUAAAGAAGAUUACCUGGAGUUGAAACAAGAAGCAAAUGAACUGCAGGAAUAUUCGAAUGCAAAACUUGAUCGAGUUACUCGGUAUCUCGGUGUUCUUGCAGAGAAGACCCGUAAGCUAGAUAGAGUGGCCAUUGAAACUCAGGCUAGAAUUGGUCCAUUACUUGAUGAAAAAAGAAGGCUGUUUAAUGACUUGUUGACAGCCAAAGGGAACAUAAAAGUUUUUUGCCGAACUAGACCACCAUUUGAGGAGGAAGGUCCGUCUGUUGUUGAAUUUCCUGAUGAAAGCACAGUCCGCAUCAUCACUGGUGAUGAUACCAUCUCUAACCCCAAAAAGGAUUUUGAGUUUGACAGGGUUUAUGGACCUCAUGUUGGACAAGCCGAAUUGUUCAGUGAUGUUCAGCCUUAUGUGCAGUCUGCGUUGGAUGGACAUAAUAUUUCUAUACUUGCCUAUGGACAAACAUUCUCAGGAAAGACGCACACCAUGGAAGGAUCCAGCCAUGACCGUGGUUUAUAUGCUCGCUGUUUUGAGGAGUUAUUUGAUUUAGCCAAUUCUGAUUCAACCUCUACUUCUCGAUUUAAAUUUUUUGUUACUGUCUGCGAGCUUUAUAAUGAACAGAUCAGGGAUUUGCUCGCUGAAUCAGUUAUUGCUUCAAAUCUCCAAGUUGAUUCACCAGAGUUGUUUGCAGGACUUGUGCAAGAAAAAGUAGACAACCCAUUGGACUUCUCUAGAAUUUUGAAAGCAGCAUUUAAUGCACGGGGAAACGAUUUAUUGAAGUUGAAUGUUACUCAUUUGAUCACCACGAUACAUGUAUAUUACACCAAUCUGAUCACCAGUGAAAAUACGUAUAGCAAGCUUUCUCUUGUAGACUUAGCUGGCAGUGAGGGUUCAAUUACAGAAGAUGAUAGUGGAGAGAGGGUCACAGAUUUGCUGCAUGUCAUGAAAUCACUUUCAGCGUUGGGAGAUGUUUUGUCAUCUUUGACUUCUAAGAAGGAAGUUGUUCCAUAUGAGAAUUCAGUGCUCACAAAAAUACUAGCAGACUCAAUAGGUGGGAAUUCAAAAACUUUGAUGAUUGUCCACCUCUGCCCGAAUGCUUCAAAUCUAUCAGAGACACUAUCAUCAUUAAACUUCUCUGCAAGAGCACGAAAUGCUGUAUUAAGUCUUGGAAAUCGAGAUACAAUUAAAAAAUGGAGAGAUAUUGCAAAUGAUGCACGUAAGGAAUUAUUUGAUAAGGAAAAAGAAAUUCAGGAUGUGAAACAAGAGGUUUUGGGACUGAAAAAUGCACUGAAAGAUGCUAAUGACCAGUGUGUUUUACUCUUCAAUGAAGUACAGAAGGCGUGGAAAGUUUCUUCUACCCUGCAAUCAGAUUUAAAGAUGGAAAACAUUUCACUUGCAGAAAAACUUAAGACAGAGAAGGAACAAAAUGCUCAGCUUAAAAAUCAAGUAGCUCAACUCUUGCAUUUGGAGCAAGAGCAGAAACUGCAGAUACAACAGAGAGAUUCAACCAUUCAGAAUUUGCAGUCAAAGAUUAAAAGCAUAGAGUCACAAGUGAACGAAGUUAGAUCGUCCUUGAGCACAGAACCAUCCAAGGCCACUGGAGAUAGCAUGGAUUCUUCUGCAGUAAGCAAGAAGCUUGAAGAGGAGCUCAAAAAACGUGAUGCUCUUAUAGAGAGAUUACAUGAAGAAAAUGAAAAAUUGUUUGACAGGUUGACAGAGAAAGCAUCUUUGGUUGGAUCUCCGCAGUUGCCAAGUACAUUACCCCAAGGCUCUGGGAAUGUUCAACCUCAGGAUCCUGGCAGAAAUGAUAUCAAUGACAAGAGUAAAGGGAGCUCGAUGGCCAUUGUUCCUUCUCCAUCAGCUGUAGAUAAAGCUGAGGGAAAUCUUGCCUUAGUUAAAGCUGGUUCUGAUAAGGUUAAAACUACCCCAGCAGGAGAGUAUCUUACAUCUGCUCUGAAUGAUUUUGAUCCUGAACAGUAUGACAGCCCUGCUGCUAUUUCAGAUGGUGCAAACAAGCUUUUAAUGCUGGUCUUAGCCGCAGUUAUUAAAGCAGGUGCUUCUAGAGAGCAUGAAAUACUGGCUGAAAUAAGAGAUGCUGUUUUCUCUUUCAUCCGUAAGAUGGAACCAAGAAGGGUGAUGGACACGAUGCUUGUUUCACGAGUUAGAAUAUUGUACAUAAGAUCUUUGCUUGCCAGGUCACCGGAGCUGCAAUCCAUCAAGGUCUCUCCUGUUGAGUGUUUUCUUGAAAAGGCAAGCACUGGGCGCAGUAGAAGCUCCAGCAGGGGUAACAGUCCAGGUAGAUCUCCUGUUCGUUAUAUGGAUGAGCAGAUCCAAGGCUUUAAAGUGAUUCUUCGGCCAGAAAAGAAGUCCAGAUUUUCAUCAGUUGUAUCGAAAAUUCGGGGUCUUGAUCAGGAUUCUCCGAGGCUGCAAGUGACAGCUGGAAAGCUGAGAGAAAUUAACGAGGAUGCAAAAAGCUUUGCUGUUGGAAAUAAGGCUUUGGCUGCUUUAUUUGUACAUACUCCAGCUGGCGAGCUGCAGCGUCAGAUUAGGUCAUGGCUAGUAGAGAACUUUGAAUAUUUGUCUGUUACUGGAGACGAUGCAGCUGGGGGAACAACUGGUCAGCUGGAACUUCUGUCAACAGCAAUCAUGGAUGGCUGGAUGGGUGGACUUGGUGCUGCAAUGCCUCCUUCUACGGAUGCUCUUGGUCAGCUUCUCUCCGAGUAUACAAAACGGGUCUAUUCUUCCCAAUUGCAGCACUUGAAGGACAUUGCUGGUACAUUGGCUAUGGAAGAGGCAGAAGAUGCAGCUCAAGUUACAAAGUUGCGAUCAGCUCUUGAGUCAGUCGAUCAUAAGAGAAGAAAGAUUUUACAACAAAUGAAAAAUGAUAUAGCUUUACUUAUGCUGGAAGAUGGUGGUUCACCUAUCCAAAAUCCCUCUACUGCGGUUGAAGAUGCAAGACUUGCCUCUCUCAUCUCCCUUGAUGGCAUUUUGAAGCAAGUAAAGGAUAUUAUAAGACAGGCCUCUGUAAAUGCCUUGAGUAGAAGUAAGAAAAAACUGCUGCUUGCGUCUCUCGAUGAGUUUAUGGAACAAAUGCCUUCUCUUCUCGAGAUUGAUCAUCCCUGUGCCAGAAGGCAAAUUACAGAAGCUCGUCAGGUAGUCGAGUUAACUCCAGAAGAAGAUGACAUCUAUCAAGCAACAUCACACAAUCGCAGACUGUCUGUGGACUCGAGUUCUGGUGCAGAAACUGAUGUAUCUCAGUGGAAUGUCCUGCAGUUCAAUACAGGCUCAACAACACCUUUUAUCAUCAAGUGUGGGGCAAACUCAAAUUCAGAAUUGGUCAUCAAGGCCGAUGCCCGGGUUCAGGAACCGAAAGGUGGUGAAAUUGUGAGAGUUGUUCCCAGACCAUCUGUUUUAGAAAACAUGAGCUUGGAGGAUCUCAAACAAAUAUUUUCUCAGCUUCCAGAGGCUCUCAGCUUGCUUGCAUUGGCAAGAACAGCAGAUGGAACCCGAGCACGGUAUUCUAGACUAUACCGAACUUUGGCCAUGAAAGUCCCAUCGUUAAGGGAUCUUGUUGGGGAGCUUGAAAAAGGAGGAGUAUUGAAAGAUGUAAGAUCAUGAAUACGAAGUUUGUGGAUGCCCAUUCUUUUGGUAGCCAUAUUACUUUGACAUGCUGCUGCCUGGCUUGUGUGUUAACAUAAUUUUUGAGGAAACUCCUGAGGUUGUCCACGAUAUUUAGCAUUGUUGUAUUGUAAUUUAUGUGGUCUUUGUUGCUCUUAGCAAAAUCUGUAUUUGUAGACAUCUACCCCCACACUUCACUUGUCGAAUUGACUGUAAUUGUUGUUAAAAUUAAUGCCUCUCUCCCUAGAAAUAUUCUCAAAAUGUCGAUACAAGAGAAAAUUUUGAAUGUCUUUUUAGAUCUUUUAA